AUGGCUGGCUUCGGGGCCCAUGUCUCACUACUGAAUUCGUUCCUGACGGAAAUCGUCGACAGCAUCAGAACCAAGAAUGGCCAACGCAUUACGGACCUCAUUCAACUGGACUUCGACAGCUUGAGUCCGGAGCGUCAAAAGCCAUAUUCCGACCUCAACCAAGAGCUCAAUCGAGACUAUCCUCCGCAAAGGGACGGAGAGCUCGUGGCCAGAUGCAAGCAGACCGUGUCGCAGGACGAAUUCGGGACAUUCAGCACUUCGUUCUCUGAAUGCAUCAUCCAGUAUUUUCGCUAUCUUCGAGACUUUACGUCUGCCGAUAAUCAAGCCAAAGCCACCAAGAUUCGGCAACUGACAAGCCAGUGUGUGACCGCUUUGGGAGACACCAAGUACGGGAUCAUAAUGAUCCCGAUUGUCCUCUCCUUUUCCCGUACCCUUGCAGCCAUAGCCACCAAUCUGGAUCGAAAUCCGUCCUUGAUUCGGAAUCCCAGCCUGGCUACCACGCAAGACGCCGAAGGUGCUCCGGGCAAAGUGAGCUUCGUGGAAGACGCCGCCAAUGUGCUAAGAGAGGCGUUUAUCAAGUGCUUGGCUGGCAGCCCUGGGGUCCCACGGACAUCUCGGCCUUCGCCCGAUGAUAAACGGGUUGGAAUCUACCUGACAGCAAAUUCGUGUCUAAAGCUGCUUCUACAGUGUCGCCGCCUGCGUAAUGCUCAGCAAAUGCUUUCAAGUAUCGACGUCCAAUCCCCGCCGUUAUCCUACUACCCGGCAGCGCAGCGGGUCACGUACCUGUACUAUCUCGGCCGAUUCCAUUUCGCCAAUAACCAUUUCCGGCGGGCACAGAGGGUGCUCCAAAUGGCAUACGAACAAUGCCAUCGCCGAGCUAUUAAGCAUCGCAGAUUGAUCUUGAUCUACCUAAUAGCAGCAAACAUAUGCCUCGGUCGUUUCCCCUCUUCAACACUCCUCUCGCGUCCGGAGGCCAGCGACAUUGGGCCCAGAUUCACUCCUCUCUGCAAGAUCAUACAAACUGGUGAUCUUGGAUUGUUCCACCAGUACCUAGAUCUGGAUAGCGAGUCUGGGCAGUGGUUCCUCAAGCGGUCCAUCCUUUUCCAGCUCCGUAACCGGUGUGAAAUCCUUGUAUGGAGGAGUCUCAUCCGCAAGGCUUUCCUGCUUGUCGGGUACAUGGGCGAGGAGAAGAAAAUACCGUUCCUCAGGUUGAACUAUGUCCAUCACGCAGCUAUAUGGGCGUUGAGCAGGCAGAGAGCAACAUUCACGGCGAAUGGAUUUAGCUCACUCUCUUCAUCGUCAGAUGAGAAAUACGUCGACCCUGAGUUUGCGGAUGUGGAUGCAGCCAUCAACGAGACGGGGUUUGACCCAGAAACGGGACUGUACAUUGACGAAUACAUCGGCCAGUAUGUCCCAUACGGCAGCGAAGGAGCGGAGUCACCUACCAUGAAUGAAGUAGAAUCUGUUGUCCUGAGUCUGAUCCAGCAAGGUCUACUCAGGGGUUUUGCUCUGCACACCAACCCUCGCUUCGCCAUACCAGGAAGUCAAAAGGCUGGGGGACCUAUGAAGGCAGGAUUCCCUGAAGUGUGGAGCGUGACUGCAAGUAAAGACAGCGGAGAACCGGUGCCUGGCUGGGUGGAAGAAGAAAAUCUGGAUGCAGGGGGAGGAGGGAGAGUGGUGAGGAUAUUUGGAGCUAGACCAGCAGGUGCAUGA